UUUCUCAGUUUCCUUUUAGUGGGUUGGGAUGGAUGACCCCAAUUAAGGGCUGAAGUUUCUCGUCAUUGCAGAUCAGGUAGAAGUGGCAUUGUCGUAAUAUGUCAUCAAGAAUGAGGGUAUCCAAGAACCGAGGAGGCUUGUGAAAGCUUUGAACAUGCACAGACAUCGCCAGAACUUCUAAACAUCCUCCCCUUUAUCCCCCCCACAAAAGAUCCAAGGCCAUCAUAACCGAUUCACUCAAGCACCAGAAGGUCUCCAAGAACGACUGCAAGAGGCCAUGGGAGAGAGAGAGAAGGAGAAGAACAAGAAGCACAAGAAGCAGAAGCACCAGCACCCCAAUGACCAAACUCAAUCCACAGCGACAAAGCCGGCAUCGGAUUUCUCGUUCAAGCCCAGUUCCGAAGUAAAGGGCCUCCGGUUCGGCAGCCAAUUCAUCGUGAAGUCGUUCACAAUCCGAAGAGCGAGGCCUCUCGAGCUCCUGAAAGUCCUGUCCUUUCCGCCAACCAAUAAGGCCAGCAACAGCAAACUGCCUUUCCCUUCCACAACAGCCUAUUUGCCUACGAAUUUCACCAUACUCGCGCACCACGCCUGGCACACACUGACGCUUGGCCUCGGCACGAAAAAGUCGAAGGUGCUGGUAUUCGUGUUCGAAUCGGAGAGCUUGAAGUCCGGCGUGGACCGGAUGUGGCCGCCAGAGAUUCCUCUAGGGGAAGUGAACAAGAAGCUCAUCCGGGGCCUGAACGGGUGUGAGAUGGCCCGGUUCAAAUUCAGAAAAGGGUGCAUCACGUUCUAUGUUUAUGCGGUCCGUCGCGUGGGAAGCGUGGGGUUCGGUUGCGCCGAUGAUCUCAGGAUAAUUUUGCAGUCCGUGGUCGACCUCAAGGACUUCUUGGAUCACACUGCUAUAUUGGCCAUGCCUAAUCAGAGGAGCAUCAGCUUUUCCCCUCCUGUCGCCAUGGCUCACUAGUGGCUCCUGCUCAUCUGCAACCAAAAAACCGCAAUCACUGUUGCCGUUGUCGAUAUUUCCAUCGCUCCGGGUGAUCAAUCUGUUCUUGUUCCCUAGAAUGUUUGAGCUGACUAUAUUUCUGAGGAUAGUGGUGUUGUAAUUUUUGGGGAAAUUGGUUUAUUCGUUUGAACAUCAUGCAUGCUUUUCGUUCUGUUCUACUAGAUUUCACAUAGUUGAGAAUGUAAUAUGAAAUUUUUGUUUC